CAGCAGACUGCGCUUGCAUUGAAGCCGUUGUUCAUGGCAGAGGCUUCGUCGAAGGGUGGCAAAUACCUGAGCUACCGUGGUUCAAAAGAAAGAUGCAAACGGGUCAUGGAGUGGAUUUCGCAGAUCACUGAUGACGAGGCCUUACGCAGGCAUGAGAAGAACAAGAAGGUCUACGCUAAGGUCAAGGAUUCGAAAGACAAGGAUGCAUGCAUGAGGAAGGGAUCCUUCUCACUACGGCUCGACGAUUUCGACAGUGAAGAGCCUUUGGAGGACCAGAUCAUGGUGAACUUCGAGCUCCUCAAGCAGUGGUUCGAGUUGAUGGGGCGAGAGACCCCAUGGGACAUGAGAUCCAGGCAGCGAUCUUAG